AAGUUUCAACAAGGAAAAUACACCAUAUUCUAUUCUUGAUUCUCUGUGUGAGAGGCUCUUGAAGUAGAAACUCUCAUACAGAGAAGCAUGGCUGGCUUCAUCAGUUCAAGCCUGUUAUGGUCGACUUGCUUUUGUGUAUGUUUUCUCUCUGUGUUAUCUCUCCUUGAACGCAGAGAUCACCCGGUAAAAGAUGAUGGCUCCCUUAGUUUUGUGGUUGUUGGAGACUGGGGAAGGAAAGGAGAAUACAAUCAAUCUCAAGUUGCUGCUCAGAUGGGGAAAGUUGCCGAAAAGCUGGAUAUUGACUUCGUGAUAUCCACUGGAGAUAACUUUUAUGAUGAUGGAUUGACUGGUAUAGAUGACCCCGCAUUUGAGCUUUCAUUCUCGAAAGUCUACACAGCUAGUAGCCUCCAAAAGCCAUGGUUUAAUGUGUUGGGCAAUCAUGACUACAGGGGAGAUGUUCUGGCUCAGUUGAAUCCAAUUCUGAAUAAAAUAGAUCAAAGAUGGAUUUGCCAAAGAUCAUUUAUUGUUGACACUGAAAUUGCUGAGUUCUUCUUUGUCGAUACAACUCCAUUUGUGGACAAGUAUUUUUAUGAGCCAAAGGACCAUAAAUAUGAUUGGAGAGGUGUUCUUCCCAGACAGAAAUACCUGUCAAACGCCCUGAAGGAUCUGGAAAUGGCACUGAAGAUUUCAACAGCAAAAUGGAAGAUUGUUGUUGGGCACCACGCAAUCAGAAGUGUAGGACACCAUGAUGACACCCAAGAGCUUGUAAAACAGCUCCUUCCGAUCCUUGAGGCACACAGCGUAGAUAUGUACAUGAAUGGCCAUGACCAUUGUCUCGAACACAUAAGCAGCACUACCAGCAAAAUGCAGUUCUUAACUAGUGGAGGAGGUUCAAAGUCAUGGAGAGGAGACUUUAAUUUGAAGAGAGAAGGUGUGAAGUUCUACUAUGAUGGUCAGGGCUUCAUGUCCGUGGAGCUUCAAGAAUCAGAUGCCAGAAUUGUGUAUUAUGAUAUAUUUGGUCAGGUGUUGCAUGCUGUGAGUUUAUCAAAGGGACUAUAUUCUGGCAUAUAGAGAGAGGAGGGGGAGGAGUAGGAGGAGGAAGUAAUUCCAGAAAUUUACAAGGGCAUAUGUGUCAUAUUGUUGUAUGAGCUUCACACACACACACACACACACACACACACGUACACACGUGUAUUGAUACGUAUGUUCUUCUGAGUGUAUGUAUUGGUUACGCCCUCUCUGUUCUGUGUAAUAAAUGAUAGUCUUUUUUAUUUAUUACUUUAUUUAAUGUCUUCAAUAGUGACACAUUUAAUGACCUGAGUCCACUAAAUAUUUGGUGGUGCUCAUGCCAGUAUUUAGCAUAAAUGUAACUAUCACUAUCCAUAUUCA